ACACGUCAUCUCCCAUCCUCCUCCAAUUCAACUCCAAUUCAACCCCAAUUCGUUUCAAUGCCUUAAGGUUAGGUACCUACAAACCUACAUAGUAGUAACCCAGGUCCCUAAAUUUCAACGGAUUUCACAUUUCAUUAUCAAACUUUCUUCAUUCUCCAGCCAGUCAUUUUUCUCAAAACAAUUCAACAGUAAACGAUCCUUGCCUAUAUCGUCAACCUUUCCAGUACUUGAAAUCCCAAGACUACCUAGUAUACUUGGUCUGUCUUAAUGUUUCGGCACCAACAGUUGACUUGUAAAUAGCAAUCAUGCCUUCCGCACUGGCGAUGUCAGCCCCAACCCCCAUUCUCGAAGUUCCUCCUCAUAAAACGCCUCAAUUGCAUCAUAAUCUCAAGCAUGAUAGCUCCGUGCUUGCGAUUGUAGUUGGAAACGAUAACAUUUAUGCCGGAACCCAGAAUGGAGAGAUUCUUGUGUGGCAAAUAGGCACCUUUCAGAGGCUCCAUCAAAUACAAGCCCAUAAGCGUAGUGUCAUGUGCCUUUUCCUAUCCGAUGAUGGCUCCCUCCUUUUUUCCAGUGCCAGCGAUCCAAUCGUCAAUGUUUGGUGCCCUCGCUCCAUGAACCGGCUCUACGAGAUAUACAGCACCAAUGACUCAUUCGGCGACAUAUUUUCCGUUUCCUACUCGUCCCAGCACGAAACCGUUUACUAUGGCGCGCAAAAUACGUCUAUCCAGUGGGUAAGCCUCAAAGACGCUACCAAACGCGUUGGCCACGAUUCAUCAAAUCACCCAGACCGGAGGAAUCAUCGAUUUUUCGAUUCCCGAGCUGUAGGGGGCGCGAGCACACCGCGACCUACUGAUGAGCGAUACGAUUUGAUACCCCGACCCUAUGUCGUGCUUGAAACAGAUCCGCGUGCGAAUAAAAUGUUUGCGCACUAUGGCUAUGUUUAUUGCAUGCUAAUGACGAAGGGUACCACCGCCUACACAGAACCAAAUGAGGACGUUCUGAUAUCUGGUGGCGGGGAUGGCACCAUCAAGGUUUGGAAGCUAGGUGGACAGGAUAUUGGUCCAGAUGGAUACGAAAAUGGCAUUGAAGAAAUCUUGGUUCUUGGUGACCAAGAUGCUAUGUCGGUCAUGUCCUUAACCGUGGACGGGUCUUUCCUAUAUAGUGGGAGGUUAGACGGCGUUAUUGAGCUAUGGGACCUGGACACGAGGCAAAAGUUGAGGGUGAUUAAAGCCCACAAAGGUGAUGUCAUGGCUCUACAGAUGGGAUGGGGCUAUUUAUGGAGCGCAAGUCGUGCUGGGACCGCCGGCAAGCAUAAUACCGUGCACUAUGGAAGCUAUCAGCGCGACUCGGCCCAGAACGUCAGCCAGAAAUAUCAAUGUUUGACCCAAUGGAAGGCACACGAUGGCAAAAUUCUGUCUUCGGCCAUCACCACUUACAAUGGACACCCGAUGUACAUUACAGGAGCCAACGACAACAAUGUCGCCAUUUGGAUGCUGGAAAACGAAGCAUCAGUCGAGCAGCCAUCUCAGGAAGAACACGAGGAUAUGAUGAUAACCUCGCUAAGGGAAUUUGUAUCAUUCAAGACCAUAUCCUCUCGCCCUGAGUACGCAGAAGACUGUCGCCGAGGUGCGAGCUUCCUUCGUACCUUAUUUAAGAAGCUCGGCGGUGACGUAGAGAUGUUAAGUGAUGACGAUAGCCUUCACCACCCCGUGGUGCUAGCCAGGUUCAGUGGGAAGCAAGAGCCUGCUGAGAAACGAAAAAGAAUACUUUUCUAUGGCCAUUACGAUGUGGUACCAGCAGAAACGAAGAAUGGAAAAUGGAGCAAUGACCCUUUUCAAUUAACCGGGACCAAUGGGUAUCUAUACGGCCGUGGAGUUAGCGACAACAAAGGCCCCAUUAUCGCUGCACUUUAUGCUGUAGCUGAUCUCAUGCAAGCCAAAUCUCUAGAUUCCGACGUGUUGUUCCUGAUCGAGGGGCAGGAAGAGUCGGGAUCUCGUGGUUUCAAAGAGAUCGUACGGAAAUACAAGAAUUGCAUUGGCAAUAUUGACUACAUUCUAUUAGCAAACAGUUACUGGCUGAACGACGAUACGCCAUGCUUAACUUAUGGCUUGAGAGGUGUCAUGCACGCAACCGUCUGUGUGGAGUCAAAGACUCCCGACUUACACUCUGGUGUGGACGGUUCGUACAUGGUUAACGAGCCGUUGUCUGACCUUAUGGUAUUACUCUCGAAGCUCAAGGGCCCUCACAAUCGCAUCAUGCUUCCUGGGUUCUAUGAUAGCAUAUUUCCCCUCACAGCCGAGGAAGAAGCUCGAUAUGAUGAUAUUCUCUCUGUUCUCAUGGAACAAGGUCAACCAGGCUUAUCUGCAGAUACCCUAAAAGCAAAUCUCAUGGCGCGCUGGCGGGAGCCAAACCUUACACAUCACAAGAUAAAGGUGUCCGGUCCCGAUGGCAGCUUGAUAAGCAGUCACGCAAAUGCCAAGAUCAGCGUUCGGCUCGUGCCUGGUCAGGAGGUAGAAGAAGUUACUAGCUCCUUGACCUCGUUCCUCGAGGAAGAGUUCCGCAAUCUAGAGUCCGACAACAAACUCAGUAUUCAAAUCGAUAACCAGGCUGAACCUUGGCUUGGCGAUCCUAGCAAUUACAUAUUCCGGACUCUGGAAGAAGCCCUCAAAGAAGCCUGGUCAUCUCUACUUUCCAGCAAGGGUGGUACGAAAGUCCGCAAGCCACUCUAUAUCAGAGAGGGGGGCUCCAUCCCUGCCAUUCGAUUCCUAGAGAAAGAGUUUGAUGCACCGGCAGCUCAUCUUCCCUGUGGUCAAUCUUCUGACUCAGCUCAUUUGAACAAUGAAAGACUCAGGGUUGUGAACUUACUCAAGAGUCGGGAGAUCUUCACAUAUGUGUUUAAGAAGCUGUAGAAAUAUAGCAUAUACCUAGUUUACCUAGGUACCAUGUGGUGGAUAUGUUCCCGUAGAAGAGGGCUAGAGAAAAAUAUCAUUGAUGUUAUUGGUGAUAUCACUUACCAUUUACUUCGGCGUCGGAGUGGAAAUAGAGGCAUGUGAUUUUGCGUUGUUUAGUGGAUUAUAGAAAUACAGAUACCCUUUUCACGAA